CGGUUCUGCCACGUCCUCGCGGCGGCUCGCGGAGCGGCGGCCUUGCGGGAGACUGUAGAGCCGGAGGUGGAGGACGUGGGGCUGCCGCUGAAGCCGGAUGUGGAUCUAGGGCUGUGUACCCGGGUGGGUGAGAAUCCGACGGUCCUGGAGAGGAGCGCCGACUGCAGGUCUCUACGGUGCACUAUAGAUGCUGAGAAACCUGUUGAAACUGUGUCCAAAGAAUGGUCAACCGACUGAAAACCUGAUGUGAUCUUAGUAAAAAUGAAUUUGGUGUAUGGUUUUUGUGAUAUCACUUGUAGCAGUUUGACCUCACUGCAAAGAUGAAACCUGAUGAAACGCCUAUGUUUGACCCAAGUCUACUCAAAGAAGUGGACUGGAGUCAGAAUACAGCUACAUUUUCUCCAGCCAUUUCCCCAACACAUCCUGGAGAAGGUUUGGUUUUGAGGCCUCUUUGUACUGCUGAUUUAAAUAGAGGUUUUUUUAAGGUACUAGGUCAGCUGACAGAGACUGGAGUUGUCAACCCGGAACAAUUUAUGAAAUCUUUUGAGCACAUGAAGAAAUCUGGGGAUUAUUAUGUUACAGUUGUGGAAGAUGUAACUUUAGGACAGAUAGUUGCUACAGCAACUCUGAUAAUAGAACAUAAAUUCAUCCAUUCCUGUGCUAAGAGAGGAAGAGUAGAAGAUGUUGUUGUUAGUGAUGAAUGCAGAGGAAAGCAGCUUGGCAAAUUGUUAUUAUCAACCCUUACUUUGCUAAGCAAGAAAUUGAACUGUUAUAAGAUUACCCUCGAAUGUCUACCACAAAACGCUGGUUUCUAUAAAAAGUUUGGAUAUACAGUAUCUGAAGAAAACUACAUGUGUCAGAGGUUUCUAAAGUAAAACCUUUUAAGAAAGACAUCUGUCAAAGGAGCUGAUGCAACAAGGCUACACUCUCUUCCUAGAGUUAAAGUAUUUUGUUGCCGCAACCCAGUGACCUCCAAUAAAUACUGGAUUGAAAAAAACACUGUAAUACAAGUAUAAUGACAUUUAGAAGAUUACUUUGGGCUGGUGAGACAUGCUGAGUUUAGAUUACAGAUGAAAUUGUUAAGGGGAUGAUUUUUAACCAAAGGAGUAUAUUUUUAACUUGAAUCUUUUCUUGCAUUGUAUUUUUCUAAAGUUCGGCUUUAUUUCUUAGUAGUCAGUAUAGGUAGUAAGAAGUUAUAUGUCUGCCAUCUGUACUGCUCAUUAAAAAAAAAAAAGCAUACAGUGAAUAAGGCUGUUUCUUAUCACAUUCAUAAAAUUAAUAUUUUUUUCAAAGAAAUAUAUCUAAAUACCACUUAGGGGUGUAUCAUUUCACAUAUAUUACGUGAAAUUGGAUGUUAGACAUAUUAUAACUAAAUGUAGUUCAGUCCAACAUUUGCUGAUCCUAAUACUAUACUGGCAAACCUGGUGAGCCUUUAAAAUAAGGAGAAAUGAAAAUUAACUUCUUAUAAAAUGUGACAAUUUAAAUGUAAAUCUAAAAGUUGAUAUAAUUCUAAUGUAGCUGAAGUACCACCUGUCUUAUAUGUGAAAUGUAAUAAUUAUUCAUUUGUUUAAAAUAUCUAAGAGAAAUAUAAGGUACUUUUUAACAGUGAAUUAGUAAAUCCUGGCAUAUUAUGUAUUUCUAAGCUGAUUUCUCAUUUUUCCAGGGGUGUCCGAGCCUCUCUUCUGAGUAACAUUUUUAUGAAAAUGGAUUACAAAAUUGAGUGGAGUACUUUAAAAUGUAUCAUACUGCAUUUAUUACAUUCUUAAAAUGUUGAUGGAAGCUUUUCUAUUUAAUGUGAUUAUAAUGGUACUAUUCUGGUCACUAUCCUAUUUUGAUUUUAUUUAUUUUAAUUAUUUUUUUUAAGUUGAAAUAAGAAUUAGAUACUUCACUACUGGUUCGAAUCUUUUACAUUUCAUGUUACAUUAAACCUGUUCAUAUGAAUAGUCUUUUGUUAGAAUCUAAAUGUUUUCUGUGCUUUUCUUGAGUUGUCUAUUGAAUUAUUAGGUCAAGUCAUGGUUCAUAAAAUCUUAGUUUUGUGUACCUUUUGUAAAAGGAGCUUAGAAAGUAAAGAGCACCUGUUUCUCA